AUGUUGGCUAAGUGCAAAUGGUAUGUUAGCAAAAGGCUGCAGCAAAGAUAUCUGUCAGUAGGAAUAUGUUCUGUCAAGAGACACAAAGAAAACUAUCUGAUGGAGACAGUCCAGUCUAUCUUCAGUCAUUUAAGUUCUUCAGAGCUGGAAGAAAUGGUGCUUGUAAUCUACCUGGCCAAUUUUGAUCCCACCCUCAACACUGAGGUUGCUGGGGAACUGAAUAGGCAGUUUGGCACGCAUGUCGCUGCUGGUCGCCUGAUUGUCAUCUCCUGUUCAAAGGAGAUCUAUCCAACACUGGAAAACCUCAAGAGGAACUACAACGACCCCAACGAUAGAGUCCAAUACAGGGCCAAACAGAACGUGGACUACGCUUUGUUAUCCAACUUCUGUUCUGACUUGUCUCAGUAUCACCUAAUCUUGGAAGACGAUGUUCACUGUUCCAAAAACUUCCUGACCUUAAUCAAACGGUACGUGGCUCGAAUUUCGGUAUCAUGGGCUACCAUCGCCUUCUCUAAACUGGGUUACAUUGGGAAGUUGUAUCACAGCGAACACCUUCCCAGACUUGCAAGGUUCCUUCUGAUGUUCUAUGAUGAAAUGCCCUGCGAUUGGCUCCUGGAACACUUUUACCGCUCCCAAACUCAAACAGAGAUAAUCCGAUACAAGCCUUCGUUGUUCCAGCACAUUGGGUCAUAUUCUUCCUUUCAGGACAAGCGUAACAAGCUGAAAGAGGAGGAUUUCCAAGAGGAGUUAAACAAUAACCCCCCUGCUGACACAAUUACUGACAUAGAAGUCAGUGAAGAUCAUUCUUUCCAAAAUGCAUAUGAUGGCAAUGGAUUUUUCUGGGGAAAGUCCGUCACCAGUGGCAACUAUAUUUUGGUAAUCUUUAAGCAACCUGUGCUGCUCAAAAGGGUGCACAUUGUGACAGGCUCUCCCGAAUACAAGCAGGAUAUCCUGCAGUCUGGGUAUGUGGAAGUGGGCUGGGGGACAACCAAAGAGAGCGGCAAGGUGACCUGCAAAAAUGGCACCAGGAUUGGGGAUUUCAGCGAAGGGAAACUUGAUGUGGAUUACCUGAAUAAAACAAUUACACACAAAGUGGGCUGUCUCGGAAUUCAAGUGACAAAGACGCAACUGAAGUGGAUCCUUAUAAAACAAAUAGACAUCUGGAUUGCAAACAGUUGA